UAAGUAUAGCCAAUUGGAAUAAUGGUAUGUAAGUGAUAGUGGUUAGAGUAGUCAACAUAUAAGGGGACGGUCUCGUGUUAUAAAAACCAGUAAAGUAUUCCUGACUCUUGAAUCAUGAUGAUCAUUACUCUACUUCCAUUUUUACUCGCGGCAAGAUUUGACUCUGGGCAAGACCCGGAGGUUUGGAAACGCGGAGCGGAAGUGACAUAUUUUAUUCACAACCAUGCAACCAAGAUAUACUCAAAUGAUCAUGGAAAAUCGAAUCACUCUGACAUGUCCUUUGACGUGCAGACAAUGCUGACAUGUCAAUCAAUAGAAUCCAAGGCAUAUUGUUUUUAUCACGACACUCAAGUUAAAUCAACGUACCUCGGAGACUCAAAACGCGGAAGGUCUGAGAUAAAGUCCGCUGAGCUGGACAUCUGGACCAAGAAAACCCUCCAGCAGGAUGCAAUAACCAUUGAUUUUACCAAAAACGGAAUGAGCACCGUCUGGGUCGGCAUUGAAGUGGAGCCAAUUGGUCGCAAUAUGAUGGGAGCUCUCGCCCAACCCUUGGACAUCGGUCUGGACUUUUCUUCAGCAUUGACUGGAAACUUUGAAAGAAAAGUAAACACCUCAAGAGGAAAUUGUCACUCCAAAUUUUUGGUGACACGGUCUCCAGCUCUUAGUCAUCAGAAGAAACUUCCCGCGAGUUUAUUUUUGGUUGCUCGACCCGAUGAAGACUUGAUCCGUCCCAUUGAGAUCUCUCGCAUGAUGGAAAUGGAUGGCGACAAAUGUGACGACCGGUCUUUCUAUUAUUCGUUUUUUAUGAACAGAGAAAAUCGCCACACUAAGGACACCGAUGUUGACAUCAAAUUCAAUUCAUUUGAAAAUUUUAUGACCAUCAGCAACGCAAACUUUACAUCUUUCUCCAAAGUAAAAGUAUCAAUUAACGAUCACCGAGACAAAUCUAAGUACGUUAUUGACGAGUCUGCAAGCUUAACUUUGCAGAAAAUUGAACCAAUGCUGUGUGAAAAGGAUAAGUACAAUGAAUUCAACAGGGAUUGCUCCAGUGAAGAAAUAAAUAAUUACGCUGGAUAAAUUAAAAAAAUAUAUAAUUGGUUGCUUUUAAAUAUUUAUAUAUUUAAAUAAUUAAGCUUAUUAAUGUAAAACAGAGUUGAAGAGUAUGCAAUAAAAUAAUUUGAAACAAUUAAA